GAGGAGCAGCGGACUCAGGUGCAAGCAAUAAUUCCAAGGGGGAAGGAGAGAAAUAGCGACAGAAGCUCCAGCCGCACCACAGUAACUAGGACUCCCCUGUCAAGCAGUUCAUUGUAGCGGCUGAUAAGGAUACGUGUAGGCGAAGGGAAUGAAGAGCUGGAAAUAUUCUGGGAUGUUAUAAAAUCAAAAGGACUUUCUGUACAGCGUGGCGAUGCACAACAGGAAAUUAACUCCAAAAAGAACGCUUUCUCUCAAACUGCUGCAAUAGAAUUGAGAAUUUUUUUCUAGUAACUGAAAUUCCUCCUGAAGACACAGCAAGGACUAUCAAAAACAUCGGAGAGAUUCUGCUACUUUUAAAGAGACUUAAAGCAAAUGCCAGCGUAAUAUCUGAAUGACCUUGGAGAUCAUUUUAUGUGGAUUCAUUAAUUCUCACUGCCGGUCUUCUAGUCUCAGGAACUCAAGGAUUAAAGAUGAUUUUAACAUUUUAGGGGCCUUUCAAAAAGCAAGAUUGUAUACAAUUAAUUACUCGCCUAAUGAUUCCUGAAUUAAUCAAGCAUAUACUUAAAACUGAACACAGAAGAUGCUUUCUUUUAACGUUUCCUUUUUCCGUAACUGCGAAUAAAAUGAGCAAGGUAAUAUCCUGCAGGUAGAACAUUUUUUUUAAAAAGCAACUAUUUCUGAUGCUGAUCAUCUAAUAAAUUUAAAAACCCCAGAACUAUGUAGAAGAUGAAGCUGAAUAACAGAAUAAUGGAGUAGUAAACAAUGGCAGCUUUUCUAGUCAAACCAGCAUUUCAUUAGCUUCACAGCAGAAUGCAGAUGGAAGUUUCUGUUCUCGUUGUAUGGGGGUUUGUGAAAUGAUUCAGGUGUAGCUACAGAGGUGAGCAAUAUCAUGGAUAUAGCUAUGAACUCCUGGGUACCGAUCCACUGUAGCAGAUAUGGCAGAGUUUCCAAAGAUGGUUAUUAUAAAUUACUAUUGCUGAAAUUAAAUUCAAGAAGGAUUUAUUUUGUCUGUGGGGACCUUGAAUUAUGCUUCUGGCAUUAAUAAUUGUAAUGGACUAUAACCGUUUGAAGGAAUUGUGCAUAUUGACAUAAGUCUCCAAAUUCUAUUCUUAAAUUAUUUUCAUUUUUAAAUGAAUAGACACGAUCUUCCUCAUUGUAUGCGAGAUGUAUGUUUUCUUUCUUGGGAGUCAGAGGACAAAUCUGCCUUGUCCCCCACCUGUCUCCAUCCAAAUAAAAUUCAUUAUUCAUACCCAAACAGUGGUGAGUCUAUUGGAAUUAACCUUGACAAAAAUGUUUUCCUUACCUUUCCAAUGAAUAGCAUGGAUAAGAUGGAGUAGCAUCUCCUGAAUGGAGCCAGAAAAGACAGCAUUAGAUGGUGAACUUUUUCCUUCACUCUCCAGUCAGUCUGUGAUUUAAAUUGAGACAUGAAAAAGAUUAUCUCCAGUAACUGCUGGUCUGGGAAACCUGAGAUGUACUGAGGUUCCUCCUUCCCUUCCUCCCCCUCACCCCGUUAUAUUCCAAAGUAAAUGACUUUCUCAGGAAAAAAAAGCAGUCAGAGAUUCCCCCCACUCCUUCCCUGGGAAAUGAAUGUGUCUCUUUUGUAAUUUUUUAUUUCCCUAUUUCACCGUACCUGUUUGUUUUAGAAGUGCCUUUUGUUUGCUAAAGAUUGGUCGAGAGCACUGGAGGAGCUGAUCAGUGGCCUUUCUCUUUCUGGCUUUUUUUUUUUUUUUUCUUUUCUUUCUUUCUUUCCUUAAAGCUAAGGCGUGCCAGAGGUGAUGCACUGAUGCUGAGGAGGCAUCAACAGCUAUGGGACUGUAAUCCUCUCAAAUGUAAGCAUUGGCAGUGUCUACAAAGAGAGAUCGUGAGACGCUGAAGCAGAGUUUAGCUGCUGUUAAGCAGGUCAUCUACUCGCUAAGGCUCAGAUUGCAGUGUUUCCUAAUCACAAAACAUGAACCAGUCCCGAUGGAUUGAAUGGAGGACUCUGAAUAUGAGCACUAGUGUUAUGAACAUAUCUGAGCAUCUCUCCUGCCCUCUUGGAUUUGGUCACUACAAUGCAGUUGACAUCUGUAUCCUUGAGACAGUUGUUAUUGUCUUGCUAACAUUUUUAAUUAUUGCGGGUAACUUAACUGUGAUAUUUGUUUUUCACUGUGCUCCACUUCUGCAUCAUUAUACCACCAGCUAUUUUAUUCAGACCAUGGCCUAUGCUGAUCUUUUUGUUGGAGUUAGCUGCUUGGUUCCUACUUUAUCACUGCUCCACUACUCGACAGGUGUCCACGAGUCCUUGACUUGUCAAGUUUUUGGAUAUAUCAUCUCUGUGCUAAAAAGCGUAUCUAUGGCAUGUCUUGCUUGCAUCAGUGUGGAUCGCUAUCUCGCUAUAACAAAGCCUCUCUCCUAUAAUCAACUGGUCACACCUUGUCGCUUGAGAAUCUGCAUCAUUUUGAUCUGGAUAUACUCUUGUCUGAUCUUCUUGCCUUCCUUUUUUGGUUGGGGAAAACCUGGUUACCAUGGAGAUAUUUUUGAAUGGUGUGCUACCUCCUGGCUAACUAACGCCUAUUUUACUGGCUUUAUCGUGUGCUUACUAUAUGCUCCUGCUGCCUUUGUCAUAUGUUUCACGUAUUUCCACAUCUUUAAAAUUUGCCGGCAGCACACCAAAGAGAUAAAUGAUCGGAGAGCUCGAUUUCCUAGCCAUGAAGUGGAUGCUGCUGGGGAGACUGGACACAGCCCCGAUCGCCGCUAUGCCAUGGUUUUGUUUCGGAUAACCAGUGUCUUCUACGUGCUGUGGCUCCCCUAUAUCAUAUACUUUCUGCUGGAGAGCUCUAGGGUGUUGGAAAACCCAGCGCUUUCCUUCUUAACGACGUGGCUUGCUAUAAGCAAUAGUUUCUGCAACUGUGUGAUAUAUAGCCUCUCCAACAGUGUUUUCAGGCUGGGACUGCGGAGACUGUCAGAGACAAUAUGUUCAUCUUGUAUGUGUCUAAAAGACAGGGAUGUCCGGGACCCUAAACCAAGAAAACGGGCUAAUUCCUGCUCCAUUUAAAGAAAACUGGCGCAUGUAAUAAAACAUGGAGUUUUGAUAGUAUUUGCUGUAUCUGGAAACUUGCCAGAAGAGAAAUGUUUACUUGAAUAGUUUUCCGUGAUGUUAGAGUGAGUUUAAAAGUGAUUGCGGAAAAGGAAAAGGCUGCUGUAAGAGGGGUCUCUGAGUUUGAAUAUAGCUCUUGUAAAAUUGUGAGGAGAGCGAUUCCACAGAGACAAACAAGAACGACAGAACUAAAAAUCUUCCAAAGGGCAUGAAAUAACUACCACAUCAGAGGAGGUUCCUCAUAAAAGUUAGUUACUACCUUAUAUUUUCCCCCUUGUAGAAAAGUUGUCUUACUAUCUUUGUGUCAGAAUAUACUGUAGCCUUCUGAAUUUAAAUAUAUUUAAGAGGAAACAAUCAACAACACAGUAAGUGGCUAUCCAUAAAUUAUAUACCUGAGGACUAUAGUAGAUAUUGCAGAUUAAUAAUCAGCUCUCUCUCUCUGCUCACAUCUUGUACAAGUUUCAGUUGUACGAACAAUCUGCAGUGCAUAAAACCUACAUCAGGCAUGAUGCUUUUGAAUAAAAUGGCACAUUUUGGUACAACUUUCACAGAAGCUCUCCCUCUCAUUUCCCCUUUUUUUCCCCAUACUGUGCAUCCCUAGGUUCCAUCACGUCCAAGUGGUUUAGUUUGUGGGCACCUAUGAGGUAAACUGAGUUUCUAACCAUUCUUCCUGCAGAAAGCAAUAGCCCUUCCUGGCUGGCUGAGUAACUGCAGCUGCCUGUGUACAAUGACUUCUUCAAUCUUUCAUUCUCUUGAUCCUGUUAAAUGAGCACACAGUAUCGAUGUAGUGUCCUUUAGGGUGUACUAAAGCUUUUUCCUUUAUUGGCUACACAGAUAAUCCUAAUGCAAAUAUGAUAAUCGUACGCGGUGGUGUGCAUCACUGCUUAGAAAAUUAAAACUAACUAGCCCUUUUCUUUGGGAAGUCUAAAUAGCUUACUGUUGUAGCUGUCAAUCCAUUGUGUGAACCUAGCUUGCACAUACUGUAUUUUUUUUUAGAGAAAACGUAAAUUGUGGUCUGUGCCUAAUGUUUUCCUAGCACAUGGAAUAGGUCAAUGCUACAGGAUUAAAAAAUUACACUUGCUUUUAAGAGAAAUACUUCUGUGCAGUUGUUGAAUAGCUGUUUGUUAGACAAGUGUUCUUGAAGGAGGAGAGCGAGGCAGUUUAGUAUUAAAUACGGGCAAAGAGCUUCAGUAUUGCCUUUUGUACUGAACUGAUUUUCAGGUCCACUGAUGAAAUCUUUUUUUAUUUCGCAAGGGCACGCAUUAGGUUCGUGUAAUAAAUUGCCAGGGGUUCAGAUGCAUGCCAAUCAAUAAAAUAGUUAAAUUAUUAUUUUGAACCAAAUGUAAUUUUCUUAGAUGGUUAUUGGCUUUUAAAAAAGGCCCAAUCAUUGAUUGUUGGUGCCUUUUAACACUGCACUAUUAUUCCUUCUUUCACCAAAAUGCAUAUGUAAAGAUCGUGCCUAUUACUUUUUGUAAUGGAAGCUAACCACGCUUGCACACUUGUGGUUUGACUCUAGAUCUCCCUUAAUUAUGUAUUCUUUGUUCUGUUGAGGUGGUUCUGAACCCCUGUACGUUUUUUUAAACCUGUAAGAAAGUUGAAACAAUGGAAUAAAGUAGUAUUAUGUAUAUCAAAACCAGCGUUGGCGUUAGUUCCCUGAUGUUACGCUCCGUUCUCUGUGAAAGUUCUUUUGGGUUAGGACUCAAGUGUCUGAUUUAAAAUCCAAACCUCAAAGCUGCUUACUUGCCAUCUUAAACAUUUAUAUACUGGUUUAUAGCAUGGCACAAUCUUUAAAGCAGAUUGAAACAGGACUUGAAACAUUGCUUUAGCUAAGCUGAACUGUUGCUGACAAUUAGACCUGAUAGAUAUCGUGGAUAAAUGGGUAGUAUUCUUUGCACAUAU